CUGCAUCUACUAAGGAAAGUCUCUUGGAACUGUGCGAGGCAGAUGCAACUAGAGUUCUUGAAGCAAAUGGUUUCUGAAGUUUACAGAUUGUAGCCAUGCAUUUCCUGUUUAUUGUCAGUGUGGAUACUUUGUGUAUGUGUGUGGAGGGAACAGCUUGCUGGAGUUGGUUCUUCCUGCCACUUAGCUCAGGUUUGUCUUGUUCAGCUGUGCUGAGUAGUCCAGAUCCCACCAGCUUCCUGGUGAUUCACCUGUCUAUUGCAUUCUGGAAUUACAAAGACUGACCCUGCUUUUGGGUUUGGAAGCACACAAUAAUGAAUUCCUCUCCCUGAGGCUUUUGCUAAUAAACAAGGAAUUAAAUACUUGCACCCAAAAGUGUGAUUUAUUUUGUAAAUGUUCCUGAACAGAGAAGAACAGUGAGUGUUCCCUGUGGAGUGAAAACGCCACCACAUGGUACUUCUGGACAGCCUCAAGUUCUUUCUUCCUGGUCGUGUUUUUUAACUCUGUGGUUCGUGCCACCAACGGCACACACAGAGCCAUGUCUUGGCAGUAAAAUUCCAUGGAGUCCGUUUUGAGGAUCAGAUUCCUACACCUGUUUUUAGCUCUAAAUACAAGCCAUGCAUUGCAUCUCACUUUUGGAUAUAAAGUGAUAAAGUUGUACUGGACACAGCCCGUGUAACCCAGUCAAACUGCUCUAUUUGGUUUAUUCAGUCCACACUCGUGGAGCCAUCAACCUAAUCCUGCUCCUACAGCUUCCUGCUGUACUCUUCUGGGUCUCUUCUGGGUCUGGGACUGCUGUCCCCAUGUGCUGCUGCUAUUUUUAUCUGCCCUCUUAGCCAUAAAAGGCUGGCUGUGGGGCCCUGAUGUUCUGUUGCUUGACCACAUGCAUUAUUUUUGAACUGGCCCCCAGGUCCUGCCUCUAGCCCUGCCUCUUAACUUUUCCUGGAUUCAGCCACCUAGGGUCUGCAUUCUCUCCUCCUGCUCCUUGGUCACAGCUGUGGAACAUCCCCUGCCAUCCCUGCCAUCCCUGCCCCGGAGACUGGUUGCCUCCUCCCCUCAAGGGCCCACGAUGUCAUUGCCUUUCUACCAGAAGUCCCACCAGCACUAUGAUCUCAGUUACCGUAACAAGGACCUUCGCACCACCAUGAGCCACUACCAACAGGAGAAGAAGCGCUCUGCCAUCUACACCCAUGGCUCUACUGCCUACAGCAGCCGUUCCUCGGCAGCACACCGCCAGGAGUCAGAGGCCUUUAGUCAAGCAUCGGCCACCUCCUACCAGCAGCAGGCCGCUCAGGCCUACAGUCUUGGAGCAUCCCAGUACUCUCGAGGGUCUGAAGUCAGCCGGAAGACAGCCUCGGCGUACAAUUAUGGCUACUCCCACGGACUAACAGAUUCCAGUCUGCUAUUAGAAGAUUAUUCAUCCAAGUUGAGUCCCCAAACAAAGAGAGCCAAGCGGAGCCUUCUGUCUGGAGAAGAGACAGAAAACUUGCCAGACAACUACAUGGUGCCUAUUUACUCUGGACGCCAAGUGCACCUCAGUGGAAUUAGAGACACAGAAGAAGAAAGAAUCAAAGAAGCUGCUGCUUACAUAGCUCAGAGGACUCUUCUUGCAAGCGAGGAAGAAAUCUCAGCCUCCAAGAAGUCCAUAGCUUCCAAGCAGUCCAGAGUAUCCAAACAGGCCACGUCCACCCUUCAACGAGAGGAAAUGUUUGAAAAGAAGUCGAGGAAUGUUGCAAUUCGAGAAAAAGCAGAAGAGCUGUCACUGAGGAAAACAUUGGAAGAGACCCAAGCAUAUCAUGGAAAGCUAAAUGAAGAUCACCUACUCCAUGCUCCUGAGUUUAUCAUUAAGCCUCGUUCUCACACAGUGUGGGAAAAAGAGAAUGUGAAAUUACACUGCUCCGUAGCAGGCUGGCCGGAACCUCGUCUCACAUGGUAUAAAAACCAGGUGCCUAUAGAUGUCCAUGCAAACCCAGGAAAGUACAUCAUUGAAAGUCGAUAUGGCAUGCAUACUCUGGAGAUCAACAAGUGUGACUUUGAAGACACGGCUCAGUACCGGGCCUCAGCGAUGAACGUUCAAGGAGAGCUCUCAGCAUAUGCCUCGGUUGUGGUGAAGAGAUACAAGGGGGAAUUGGAUGAGCUUCGCCUCCAUGCAGGAGCGUCCAUGCCUCUCAGCUUUGCUGUGACCCCUUACGGUUAUGCAUCCAAGUUUGAGAUCCACUUUGAUGACAAGUUUGAUGUGUCUUUUGGGAGAGAAGGAGAGACGAUGAGUCUGGGCUGUCGUGUAGUCAUCACUCCUGAAAUUAAACAGUUCCAGCCGGAGGUCCAGUGGUAUAGAAACGGAGCACCCGUUUCUCCAUCGAAAUGGGUGCAAACGCAGUGGAGUGGAGACCGGGCAACACUCACCUUCUCUCACCUCAACAAGGAAGAUGAAGGCCUCUACACAAUCCGCGUGCGAAUGGGAGAGUAUUAUGAACAAUACAGUGCUUACGUCUUCGUUCGAGAUGCCGAUGCAGAGAUUGAAGGAGCCCCUGCAGCACCCUUGGAUGUGGUGUCUUUGGAUGCUAACAAGGAUUACAUCACUAUCUCUUGGAAGCAGCCAGCUGUGGAUGGAGGGAGCCCUAUCCUGGGAUACUUUAUUGAUAAGUGUGAGGUGGGCACAGAGAGCUGGUCUCAGUGCAACGAUACACCUGUGAAGUUUGCUCGGUUUCCAGUCACUGGUUUGAUAGAAGGUCGUUCCUACAUAUUCCGCGUUCGAGCUGUGAAUAAAACUGGAAUAGGCCUGCCAUCUCGAGUUUCUGAGCCCGUGGCUGCUCUGGAUCCAGCUGAGAAAGCUAGACUUAAAAGUCGUCCUUCAGCACCCUGGACUGGACAGAUCAUUGUCACUGAAGAGGAACCUACAG